UCAGGCCCGGCCCGCCCUGUCCGGCGGCGCCAGGACCCAAGACCCUGCCGCAACCCGUCCGGCCCACGCCCACGGGGAAUGCGCGAGGCCUGAACGGAAGUGGUCCGGGCGGUUGGUGGAGGCCGAGCAGGCGCCAUGUCAGCCCGGGAAGUGGCAGUGCUGCUGUCGUGGCUGAGCUGCUGUGGCUUGGCCGUUUGGAGGUAUCACAGUAACAGUCCUGACUAUCGAAUUUUUAGUACCAGAACUAUUAUUAAGUUAGAGUAUGAAGGAACAUCAUUUACUGAGUGGAGUGUGCCAGAAACUUGUACUGUGCUAGAUAAAAGAUUGCCCGUGACAGAAUUGCGUUGUUUUUCUCCUGGUAUUCAUGCUGUAAAACCAAUUGUUAUGGGCCCAGAUGAAGAAGAACGCUAUUUAUUUGUGGCCACUUCUCAUAUUUGUUUUCUGUGGUACUAUAGAGUUAAACAUUUCUUUAACAACUUAACCCAGGCUAUCAUUGUGUGGGCAUAUGAUCCAGAAAAUGCAGAUCCUGAUGAGUUGCUCGGGCGUGCAGAGAAACCUUCAAUAAAUUCCGAAAUACUCAGCACACAGAUGGCCACACUGGGGCAGAAGCCUACCAUAUAUACAAUUCUGAAGAGAAAAGUUUAUUUAUCAAAUGAGAAAGUGAAAAAAGGGACCUGGACUAUUGUGGUACCAAUGACAAAAGAUGAUGCACUAAAGGAUAUUAGAGGAAACCAAGUGACUUUUCAAGAUUGCUUUGUUGCAGAUUUUCUUAUUCUGUUGACUUUUCCUAUAUUAACUAUACCUGAAAUUCCUGGUUACUUACCAAUCUCUUCACCCCGUGGUAGUCAACUAAUUGCUUUCCGUGAUUCUUGUGUUUUCGCAUGCAUUGUUUUGGUAACUGAUAGGGAGACCUUUCAAACAAAUGAUUCAUUCCGUACUUGGACGAGAAUCAGAGUGCCUCCAGACAUUCUGAGUGAUGAUGAAAGACAGAAUGUAACCGGUGUGACUUUAUCACGAGAUGGAAUAAUUUUUCAUAUAAAUGGUGCUCUUUACCUAAAAAGUUUUCAUGGAUUUAUAAAAAUGGGAAGAACUGUAAAUCUUCCCGAUGAUGGAAUUGCCGGCAUUUCAUCAAGAAAAUGGUGUUGGGUCAAAUAUUUAUUCAAGACUAAAGGAAGAAGAAGCAACUUGGCAGUCUGGACAGAAAAUGAAAUUUACCUCGGAUAUAUUCUUCUUAAAUUUGCCAGAUUAGUAACUGCCACAGAACUGAAAAAUAUCCUAAAUCUACCAGUAACUGCCACUCUGACUAUCCACUCUGUUCAGUAUACAGGACACCCUCUGGACAUUGCUGUGUUUUUAAAUUAUUGCAUUACGUGUACCGUCACCAAAAAGAUUUUCUUAGUCAUAUAUAAUGAAGAUACGAAACAGUGGAUUUCCCAAGACUUUACAUUAGAUGCCCCUAUUGACAGUGUUUUCCUUCCAAAUUUUAUAUAUUCAGCACUGCCAGGAUUUAUACUAUGGAACAAGCAUAGUAUCUACUAUUAUUACAAUAAUUUCACCUUUACCGGGAUUUUGCAGACACCUGCAGGACAUGGAAAUCUAUCAAUGCUAUCAAAUGGCAGCAUUAUUCAUGAAGUUUUAAUAGAUUACUAUGGAAAUAUUUUGGUAAAAAUGGAAAAUAAUAUAAUAUUUUAUUCCAAGAUUUAUAUUGGAGAUACAGUAAAGCUACAUUUAUGGACAAGCAACGCAACAAAAGCAUUCAUUUUCUUGAAUACAUCUGGUCAUACAUAUCUCCUGUAUGCUCUUGACAAUGGCACGAUACAAAUACAGGACUAUCCCUUAGGUCUGGAAUCAAAAAGUGUAGCUUUCAAGACCAAAGAGAAAUGCCCAUACAUGGCAUUUCAUAAUAAUAUUGCUCGUGUUUUUUACUUUUUGGACAAGGGAGAGACUCUGACAAUUUGGACUCAACUAGUCUAUCCAGAAAAUAAUGGCCUGUAUGUUAUUAUGGAAUCCUAUGGCCCAAAAAUAUUAGAAGUGAGACGUAACAUUUCCUUUGAAGCUGCGUUUGGAUACUGCACCAAAACUGUGGUACUAACGUUUUAUCAGAAGAUAAAUUAUGAGAGAACAGAUGAUUACUUCGGAAUGCAAGACAACAAUACGGGGCUUGUGAUGAUUCAAGUUCGACCUAGUGAAUAUUCUAAAGCAUGUUCAGUACCCCAAAAGGUGUUCCAAGUAGCUGUUGGCUGUGAUGAUAAAAAAUUCAUUGCAGUUAAGGGAUUUAGUAAAAAAGGAUGUCAUCACCAUAAUUUUUCUUACGUGAUUGAAAAGUCAUAUCUGAGGCAUCCACUAUCUAAAAACUUGAAAGUAAGGUAUAAUUGGGAAGAAUAUGGCUGCCCCCUGAGGCUUGAGUUCAGAGAAAAGUUUCACCCUUUGGUUCAAUUCUCACUUUUGAAUUAUUUCCUGAGCAAAGCCAAGAACCCUCCCAAGCGGAACCCCAAGUUCAGGGCUCGCCCGCAUCACUAAGAAGAGAAAACAGAUGACUGAAAUAGCAACAAGGACAAAGAAGAAUCCUGUAUAAGAAAAUCAGUGACUCUAUAAACCGGGGACUCUCGGGGGGUGAGGGUAAAGGGAGGGACAGCGUUAGGAGAAAUACCUAACGUAAAUGACAGGUUGAUGGAAGCAGCACACAUAUUCCUAUGUGACAGACCUGCACAUUCUGCACAUGUAUCCCAGAACUUAAAUUUUUUUAAGAAAAGAGAGAAAAUGAGUCAUUCUAAUAGGCAGGGCUGGAUAAUGGGUAGAUGUGGGUGGUAAGGGAAAGAGGAUGGGGAAGAUGAAUGACUCAAAGGUGACAUCAGUUAGAAGGGAUCCUCCACAAACUUCCACCACCAUAACUGUCCAUCUCCAAGACAACGUUCCAGGACCUCUGUCUGCCCUCCUGUUACUAUAGAUGAACUGUCUGGGUAUCUGUCUACGGCCUGUCCCUCCAUUUGUAAGCUAGACCCCCACUGGCUUUCCUAAUCAAGAACAUUACUCCUGAAACUCUCUUCCUCUUUCUCCUGCAUCAUCAACUUUUCCCUCUCUGCUGACUCAUCAUACAAAUAUACAGGUCUUUCUCCCACCAAAACAUAAAGCAAAACAAAUUCAACAAACACGGUCACACGCACAAAAAAAACCAUCUCUUUACCCUAGUAGCCCUUCAGCUUCUGUGGUCACUUGCCAUCAACUCCUCUUCCAUCCUCUCCCAAAUCACACAGUGUGGCAUUUGUGCUCACCACUCCAUUGGCACUGCCAGCCAACAUGAUUAGUGACGUCUGUUCAGCUGAACCAGUGGUCAAGACUCAGGUCGCACCUUCUGUCAUCUCAUUAACAGGAAUUGACACCGUCAGUCAUCUGCUCCUACUUGAAAUGCGUCCUUCACCUGGCUUCCAGGAGAGCUUGUCCUCCCGUUUUCCUGCCCCUUUGCUGGUAGCACCCCCGCUAAUUUCUUAGUUCCUCUCCGAUUUCUUUUUUCUUUUUCAUGAUCUGGGAUUUUGUUUUUAAUUUUCUUAAGUCUUGUGGUCACCUAUAACUUAUAAUCUUGCAUACAUCUCCUCUACUUUAAUCCUUCUAAUAAGUUGGCAAAGCGCCAUUGCCAAGGACACAUAAUAGAGAAUAGCUGUUUAAAGACAAUCCUAGUUAAAACUUAGUGUGACUUAGUUUUUUCAAAGAGUUUGAAAGCAGUUUAACUUGCAACUAUUUCUUGUCACAAUGACUUUUAAAAGGUGACAAGUGUCCUCUAUAAAUGUGAGAAGUGUUUUUAUUUGGUAUUACUCAUAAACCAUUAAAAUGCCUUUUAAUAAGUAAAAGGCAGCAUUUUAGAUACAGGGAAUUCUAAUUAGAUUAGCAGAGUUAAGACGAAAACCAGAAACAAUGCGACCUUAUCAUAAGCCCUUGUCUUUCGCUGGCAAAUGAACACAAAUUAAAAAACAGGUGAGUCUUGCUCAGUUCCGAGACAGUGCAAGGAUUUCUCCAGUAUUAAAACAUAUUCAUACUAAAAUAUAUUCGUGACACUUGAGUCAGACACAUCAAACUAAAAAUCAGUCUCCAGUAGGUUUGGAAAUGCCAUUCUCCUCUAUGUGAAAAAUUGAACAUUACUCAUCAGGUCCAGUCAUAUCCUUAGAAGGGGAAACAGGGAUAGCAUUUACUGAGUCCAAAUUACUGUCAAAAUUCAAAAAACUCAUCAUGUUCCUUUCACCAGAAGCCAGUCUUACUUAUCAGGGCUGCCCAACAAAAAUAUUCCGCCAGUCAUUCAUGAGCUGAAUUCUGGUGUAUGGAAUCAGUUACACUACAGCACACAUGAAGUCAUGAGAUAAUUCUGGUUUGUGAGUAAAUAAGGCAGUGGCCAAUUCUUUCUGCCUCCUUUUUAGCACCAGUGGAGAUCAUUUUUGUUUCAGGGAUGUACUUCUUGGGACUCUCCAAUUUCUCUGUCCACGUCUCCUCUCUGUAGAUGACGCCUUUGUUCUCACUGGUAUCUCGUAAGAGGAUACAGACACCUCACCUGUCUUCCACCCACAGAGGCCAUGGAGACUGGGCCCAGUCUUAUGCUUGCCUCCCUUUUCUGUGGUGUGGCACUGGAUACACUUCUAAACAAAAAAUGUUUGCUUUUUUCAGCAUCUCCCAUAUUUAAUUGCCUCUUUGGUCACUCGCAUUACAAAGGCUCCCCCUUAGAAGUUUGACCCCCCUCCCUCCACCCCUACCCCCUACCCGCCUCCUUCCCUCCCCCUACCUCCCUAGCCUCUUAGUGUUGAGAUGCCCCAAGGCUCAGGGAUUUCUUUUCUUUUCUGUAUUUUAGCUUUCUCUUUGAAUGUCAUCAUCCAGUCGCGUGGGCCUAGAUGUCUCAAUAUACUGAUGUACCCCAACACUGCAUCUACAGCCUGACCAUCUCCCCUUGUAUCCAUCCAGUAUGCUUAGGCUAUGCUGCAAUAACAAAUAAAUCCUAAAAUCCCAGUGCCUAACUCUCCAUGUCAUAGUCUGAUAUAAAGAGCAACAUCAUCUGGACAUGGUCUCUCCACGUUUGCCGCGGUGUGUGGGAAGAAGACUGGGGGGUUGUGUGGGAUGUUGUAAAGGCUCAGAACUAGAGGUGGUUCCACCCACAUCCCUUAUCCAGAACCUAUUGCCAUGGCUCAAAUCUAACUGCAAACACAUACAGUUCCUGAACCCCAGACUCACACACCCACUGAGAUGUUAAAUACACAUACCAUUUUCCCACUUAGAUGCUGGAUAGAUAUAACAAACAUAACCUGUCCAAAACUGAACUUUUGAUCUUACCCUCAAAACCUGCUCCACCAAUAGCCAUCCCUAUUUUAAGUGAUAGCAACUCCAUCCUUCUUGUUGAUCUGGCCAAAACUUUGGAAUCUCUGACUCCUCCCUCUCUCUUAUACCCUACAUUAAAUCCAUUAGCAAAGCCUGUUGGUUCUAUCUGUCAAUACCUGCUGUUAGGCUGACCCAGGCCAUCAUCACUGACCUGGAUUAUGACAAUUGCCUUUUUGUUGCUCUCUCUGUUUCCACUCAUGCAUCCAUGUAGCAGCAAGAGUCAAGCAUUGAAAACAAAGUCAAGGCACCUUGCUCUUAAGCUCAAAAUCCUUAUCACUCAGUAAAAGCCAAGCCCUCACAGUGACUUACAAGGUUUUAUUUGAUUUUCUGCCUCUGCUACAUUUCUACUAUUAAACGUCACCUCACUCACUCAAAGGCAGUGGAGCAGCUUCCUUAUUGUUCCUCAGGGAAGAGUAGUUUCUAUUAAACGGUGAGAACAGAAGCCAGACUGCAGGGGAUUUGCAAAAUAAAUUAGAAGUUUACAAGUAGGCAAAUGUAGUCUACACUUUUUAAACUUUUGGCUGGAAAAUAGAAGAAAGAGACAGUGUUGGGGUCCGGCACGUCUGCCGGGGGGCUAGCAACCUGCGGGAGUCCCCGAGACCGCCAAAGUAGAUGUCUCGUUCAACCUGAGGGAGAGAGUGCGCGGAAGUGAAAGAAAAUAGAAAAGCGGAGUCUGGAGGGCUGGCUUAGGCUAUGUCCAAGCAGCAAUUUUAUUUUUGCAAUACAUUUCAUUAUAUACCUUUCUGAAGUCAAAGUUGUUUACGCCAGAUCAAUGUACUUAAGUUACAGUAAACGAGUUACGCCCAGUAAGUAGGUUACGCCCAAUAGGUCAAGGUAAGUAAGUUAUAGUCAUGCCCUGUAAGCUAUGGUAAGUAAGUUACAGCUAUGCCCUGUAAGCUAUGGUAAGUAAGUUACAGUUACACCCAGUAAGUUACGGUAAGUUACCAAGUGUAAAUACUUAAGUUAAUAUUUUACAAUGAAGGUAACAAGGGUCCAAAAUGAACACAAUCAAGCAAUAAACCAUAAGGAGCUGAAAGUGGACACAAUGCCUCCCAAGUCCUCAUAUCCAUAAAGUAAUGUCUGUUAAUUAUUUUGAAUAACAUAUAGUUCCUCUCUCAGUUCCUGCUUUCCCUCAGCUCGACUCCCCCAGCCAGGGAUCUGUGUCUGGGCUCAAGCUCAACAUAUGGCGAGGCCCAUUUCCUAGGGGCCUCACACGGGAGCAAUCCCCACAGAUCCCUCAGGACAGGAAUUUACCUAUAGAGAAAAACACAAAAUGUGAUGUGGAUUUUCUUAAAGAGGAAAGAUAUAUGAGCUUGUUUACAGUUUGAAGAUGAAGAAAGGAAGGUUAAACAUUAGUCAUUUUGAUUAUAGUAAUAUAGCAGACUGAGCUAAGUUGAGUCACUCCCUACCCAUGAUAGACAUGCGAUCCUGGAUGAAACAUGACAUAAAUAUUUUGUGCAUAACUAAGCUUGAAAGAAAGAAGGCACACUCUCCAGAAGUGAAGAGGGAACUGAAGUUAGAGCAACGCUCUUCAGCCUGUGUAUCGGUUUAGGAGUAUUGGCUCAGGAUAAUGGAACUAGAAAUUAGAAGCCAGGUUAAAGCUCUGUGAGGCCAAGAGGUUCUUUGAUGAAUUCAGGAUAUAUUAAGAGCUACCUAGUCCAAAAAGAGAGAGAAAGAUAGAGAGGGAGGGACUAGAAAACUCUGCUUAAUGCCGAGGUCAGCCACAAAGAAAGUUGUAACCUACGUGAAUUCGUAGGCAAACCUUCUGCAGACCCCCCAGAGUCAAGGCCCAAGAAGUUAUGGCAUCCGAAUACAGAAAAUUAAAGUCCUGGCUAAUACAACAGGAUAGCCACAAGGAUUUGUCUAACAGGUUUGCAGGUCCACAGAGAGGUCUCUUUCCCAGUUCCCAAAAUAGAGCUGCCAUCAUGGGAAAGUUACAAAUUGCAGGGAAGAGUUGCCAACUAGAAACAUUUCUGAAUUUCUUAGGCUUCAUUAGUAUUAUACCCUACAUUGAAAAACAUUAAUGAAAAUAAGUCAUGCUUACGUAGACAAGUAUUGUUUCAAAAAUUUUCAAUGGUAUAAAUAAAACAUUAUAAAAGAUGUUUACAAACCCAGAAAUUAUAGGUCAUGUAAUUUAUACUUAUUGCCACUAGAUGGCACUGUAGCUCAGUGCUUUGGGAAGCAGAGGCGGGAGGACGGUUUGAGGUCAGGAGCUCAGGAUGACCCUGGGCAACAUGGUGAGACUUCCCAUCUCUACCAAAAAAUGUAAAAUGUACUGGGUGUGGUGGCGCACACCCAUCGUCCCAAAGUUAGGAGGACGCCUUGAACCCAAGAGUUAUAGUGAGCUAUGAUUGUGCCACUGCACUCCAGCUUCUGCAACAGGGCAAGACUCCAUCUCUAAAAUACGUAUAAAUAAUAAUAAUUUGAGAGUCUGAUGACUUUUGGAAGAUGCAAACAUCCUGCUCUUUCCAAAGCUGCUAGAAUUAGAGCUUUGCUAAGCCUGACCCAAAUCUCUGAAACUAUGCAAAAACGCAUGUAUGCCUACACACGUGUGCAUUUGUCUGUAGCGAAACGGUCCCAGAGCUCUCAUUCGAGUUUUACAAUUCUCUGUGGCCUUCCUCCCCGUCAGAAAAGAAGCCAAACACCCACUCUCCGUUCCCUAGCUAGUCACGCGUCUGUUUGAGAACCAACCUUGUGAGUUCAUUUCCUUAUGAUUUCUCAAAACUAAAUAGGAUGGACAGAACAUAACCUCCCAGGUACCAGCUUUUGACAUUUAAAAUGUUUGUCCCCAGUUUGUGAGAAUGAGACAAUAUAUGCUUUUAAUAACAAGGGUUAGAUGGUAGCAAGUUGUAGCAGCCCUAGAAGGCCAGGUACACCUCCAAUAGAAGCAGAGAUGUGGGCGGUGACUAGGGGCCACUGUCCAGGAGCUGCUAUUUUCUGUGCAUAGACACAGAGCUGUGAGAGAAGCAAGUUUUAUCAGAAGGUGGGGCAACAGUCCCAGAGCCAGCGGCCUCCAAGCAGGUGCCUGACGCUAAGGUCCUAAGUGAAAUUCUACCCAAUUUCAUUCAUAAAUAUGCGAGUAACUGACAGAGAAGGAAAACACGUAACCAUUCUUACAGUCGCAAGUUCUGGUAUACAAAGGCGCAACUUCAUCACUAACUGAACUUUUAGCUCUGAUUUCAAGCCUCUGUGUUCCCAUGGUAGCAGGAAAAAAUAUAUAUUAAUAUGAAACAGCACAGCCCUUUUGAAAAUGCACUGUUUGAGGUAAAGGAGCCCAAUGGGGCCUGUGUCUCCAGUCUCAGCGUCCAGGCAGCGACACCCAGUCCAUCUCGGACUCUCCUGCCUGCUGCUGGCAGAGGUCGUCAUCCAUCCUCUGAGCAUGGGCGAGGCGUGACUAUAGAUCCAGGGAGCUCACAGGCUGCAUCCACCUCUCAGCCCUGCCUCGGCUUACGGACGCAUCUGAUCCUUCCAGACUCAGCCACACCUUCUAGCUGGUUCCUCCUCCCAGGGGGCUCUGCAGCUUCUCCGUUGCCAUCAUAGUCAUUCUGUGGUUUCAUUCUCUAGUAUAUCUAGUACAUAAUAGGCAGCCACUGACUAUAUGAGCUAAAGGACGCCAGGGCAUCGUGCUCUGCCCCUUCUCCAUCCAUCACACCCUUCUGUCUUUCUCCCUGCUAACACCCAAGGCAGCAGUGCCUAAGCUACCCUCACCUGAUCAAGGGAUGGCCCCUGUCCAAGGAAGAGAACUCAGAGUUCCAACUGGUCAAAAAGUAAAACAUUUCUCCUUCAUUACUAUCAGGUUUUAUUUUGAGAGCUGAAUGAAAUAACAUCUGUGUAUUUCAUCCAGCUGUCAAGAGACACCUAUACAGUAGGUACUGUUAUUAUUUUACAGCAAAAAAAAAAAUUUUUUUAAAUCGAGACUUGAAGAGUUUUAGCCAGUAGGUAGCGUGGCCAAGCGGUCUAGGGCGCUGGAUUAAGAGUUUAAAUAACUCCCGCAGAGUCACAAAGCUAUAAAGUGAUAAGGACAGGAUUUAAAGCUAAGCGCAUCUGACUCAGAAGCCGGAACGCUUAACCACUGGAUUUCAUGUUAAACCAGUAUCCUUCUGUUUG